CUUCAUACGGAAUAGAAUACCCGAUAACGCAGAGCAACUACCGAAUCUGACUUCACUUCAACCAUGGCCUGGAGCGAACGACCUUUGGGCGCCGGAACGUCGGCGGCAACCUUGGAAGCAGGGUCCUGUACAAUCAUUGGUAGUGACUAUUUAUUCGCCGAAAACGCUGAACGCCGAAGAUAAGCUGACGUUUCUCAAACAAACGAUCUCGGGUUCGAGGUCCCAGAACAGAGUUGCUUCCAUUGCUCAAGCACGGCAUCAACGUGGGAUAAAGAGCCUACUAGACUAGCCCUUGAGAGAACUCCUAGCCACUCAGAAUAUAGUGCUGAUCAGUGGAGACGAGAUGGUUUCCGUUCGUUAGCUCUCUCAUUGAUUCACUGGAAAGCCCAUGGUUAUAGAAAGAAUGGGCAAGUUGCCUCCGGUAAAUGUCAAUACUAGCAGCGCAGGCCGGAUCAUUGGGGUUGUUGGCUUGUUCCACUUCAUCGCCCUGGCGUUCGUUUGUCUGCGUAUCUACGCCCGGACGAUCAUCCUCAGGGUCUUUAAGGCUGAGGAUGUACUCAUCUCCAUUGCCGUUGUCAUCGCUCUGACGGCAUGGAUAUGCCUAGUUCUACAGAUACCAUAUGGCCUUGGACGGCAUUUCCAGACAAUUCCAACCGGAGAACGGGUAGAAUUCGAGCGCAUCACAUUUUGGAAGACAGUCAUCUCCGACGGCGUUGCCAUGGGGCUGCUGAGAAUCUCUAUGGCAAUCAGUCUAUUGCGGCUCGACAAGGACCUGAAAUAUUCAAUCAUCAUGGGCAUUCUCAAGGCGGUCUACAUGUACACAACGGGCGGCAAGCCAGACGAUGUUUUCUAUUACUGGGUUCACGUCAGGCAAAAGUAA